ACCACCAAUCAUCUCCCCCACACACAAAAUACCAGUUAGGGUUUUAGCUCUAUCAAUAAUCCACACUCAAAAACCCUAACACACAAACCAUGUCCAGAUCUCGAUCCAUUACAACGCGCUUACUCUACACGCUCCGAUCAACUCUAUCACAACAACAACAACCGAAACCAUCACAAACCGCCGCUCUGUUAAACCUCCACCGCCACUACGCCGCCGCACCUGCGGUGAGAUCAAAGGAGGAGCCAUGGUGGAAGGAAUCAAUGGAGAAAGUGAGGAAUAUAGGAAUAUCAGCACAUAUAGAUUCAGGAAAAACAACACUAACAGAAAGAGUGUUGUAUUAUACAGGAAGGAUUCAUGAAAUUCAUGAAGUUAGAGGUAAAGAUGGAGUUGGUGCUAAAAUGGAUUCCAUGGAGUUGGAGAGAGAAAAAGGGAUUACUAUUCAAUCUGCUGCUACUUAUUGUACCUGGAAAGAUUUUCAGGUAAAUAUCAUUGAUACUCCUGGUCACGUCGACUUCACAAUUGAAGUUGAGAGAGCCUUGCGUGUUCUUGAUGGUGCAAUCCUUGUCCUCUGUAGUGUUGGUGGUGUGCAAAGUCAGUCAAUUACUGUUGAUAGACAAAUGAAAAGAUAUGAGGUUCCGAGGGUUGCUUUUAUUAACAAACUUGAUCGAAUGGGGGCAGAUCCGUGGAAGGUUCUCAAUCAGGCAAGGAAAAAGCUUCGACAUCACAGUGCCGCAAUGCAAGUACCAAUUGGGUUGGAAGAAGACUUUCAGGGUCUUGUAGAUCUUGUGCAACUAAAAGCAUAUUAUUUCCGUGGUGCUAGCGGUGAAAAGGUUGAAACUGAAGAAAUUCCAGCUGAUAUGCAAGCAGUGGCUGCUGAAAAGCGCCGUGAGUUAAUUGAAGCAGUCUCUGAUGUUGAUGAUGAACUUGCCGAAGCAUUUCUCAGUGACGAACCUAUAUCGUCUGCGGACCUUGAGGCAGCUAUUCGUCGAGCAACCAUAGCACGGAAGUUUAUACCAGUAUUUAUGGGUAGCGCGUUUAAGAACAAGGGGGUACAACCACUUCUCGAUGGUGUUCUAAGUUAUUUGCCUAAUCCACUUGAAGUUGAUAAUUUUGCCCUUGACCAGUCUAAAAAGGAAGAGAAGGUUAAGUUGUCUGGAACUCCAGCUGGGCCUAUGGUUGCACUGGCUUUUAAAUUGGAAGAACGCCAAUUUGGUCAGCUGACAUAUCUAAGAAUAUAUGAAGGCGUGCUCAGGAAAGGUGAAUUUAUAACGAACGUUAACACGGGGAAGAAAAUCAAAGUAUCUAAACUUGGCCGGAUGCAUUCUGAUUCCAUGGAGGACAUUCAAGAAGCUCAUGCAGGGCAAAUUGUAGCAGUGUUUGGUUUAGAUUGUGCAUCAGGAGAUACAUUCACAGAUGGAUCAGUCAAGUACACCAUGACUUCUAUGAAUGUUCCAGAACCUGUGGUGUCAUUAGCGGUUUCUCCAGUUUCGAAAGAUUCUGGAAAACAAUUUUCAAAAGCCUUGAAUCGUUUUCAAAGAGAGGAUCCUACAUUUCGUGUUGGAUUAGACCCUGAGAGUGGUCAGACAAUCAUAUCUGGAAUGGGUGAGUUGCAUCUGGAAGUUUAUGUCGAACGAAUCAAGAGGGAGUAUAAGGUUGAUGCAACUGUUGGAAAGCCUCGUGUCAAUUUCAGAGAGACAAUUACGCAACGUGCAGAGUUUGAUUAUUUACAUAAGAAACAAAGUGGAGGGCAAGGUCAAUAUGGAAGGGUUUGCGGUUAUAUGGAACCACUUCCAGCUGGAUCAGAGACAAAGUUUGAAUUUGAGAACAUGAUAAUUGGACAAGCUAUUCCCUCCAAUUAUUUCCCACACAUUGAGAAGGGAUUCAAGGAAGCUGCCAAUUCAGGAUCUUUGAUUGGAUUUCCAGUUGAAAAUAUUCGUGUGGUUAUGACAGAUGGUGCAUCUCAUGCUGUGGAUUCAAGUGAACUUGCUUUCAGAUUAGCUUCAAUAUAUGCAUUUAGACAGUGUUAUUCAAAAUGCAAGCCUGUGAUUUUGGAACCUGUGAUGAUGGUAGAAGUGAAAGUGCCAACAGAAUUUCAGGGGACUGUUGCUGGAGACUUGAACAGGAGAAAAGGUAUAAUAGUUGGAAACGACCAGGAUGGAGAUGACUCUGUAAUUAAUGCUCUUGUUCCACUGAACAACAUGUUUGGAUACUCAACGGCCCUUCGUUCCAUGACGCAGGGUAAGGGUGAGUUCACCAUGGAAUACAAAGAACACUCCCCUGUUUCUGCCGAUGUUCAAACCCAAUUGGUUAAUGCCCAUAAACCCAAGUCUGCUGAAUAGUUUGGCUGAGAUGGCUAAACACGGUUUUGCAUCUUUAAAAAAAAAAAAAUUAAUCUAGGAUAUAUUUUAUACUGAUUCAAUUGCUUCCAUCCAAUGUGAAGUGUUUUGUUAUCUGUUAAGACCGGAAUGUGGUCAGUAAUUUUGUAUAAGCGAAUAAGUCCUCAUAUAGAAUGUUAUACAAUUUGGUAAGACAAUUUUCGAGUAAACUUAACUUGGAUGUACGUAAUCGUAAAGUAGUAGUGUAGGGCUUCUCACAGCUGAGGCCUGAGAAUAAUUACAUUUAUUGUACCAUAUUAUUGAUGGAAUUGCCGUUCAAAAAAAAUAUAUUAUUGAUGGAA